CUGUGCAGAAAUACUACAAUUCAGGAAAUAAAUGACAGCGAAAAGUUGGACAAAUUCAUCACUGGAGCUCUACGAUCGCUCAAAACGGAUGGAGUUUUGAUUAUACGUCAGGAUCUUUCAAAGGUAAAGGAGAUGAAAAAGAUGGCUAUGUUGACGGACUAUUUCGAUGUGUUCCGAUUGGAAGAGGGGAAUGGAAAUGUUGGCUUCCAAUUCUAUGCAGUAAACGAAGUGCUCGAUUCAGUUUAUGUACAUCAAAACUGGCUGGAUUUCAUCUGGACCCUCAUCAAGAAGCCUUUCCCUAAGGAUGUCAAUGGCGUUGUUUCCUUUAGAGACUUCUUGGAUAGGACCCAGUACACCGAUACCGGAAUCUUUGCCUAUGAAUGGAUCUUCGGCAACAAUUUCAUCUCCCCCGGAGGAUGGAAACAGAAUUUGGCUAUUUUGAAACGUUUCGGACCAAUGAAGACAGGUCAGAGGAUGCUGGAUAUCGGUGUCGGGAUAGGAGGAGGAGCUAGACAGGCAGCCAGUGAGUUCGGUCUACAAGUGCUAGGAGUAGACCUUUCCACGAACAUGCUUGCCGUCGCCCUGGAACGUGUCCACAAGGAGAAAGACGCCCGUGUCACCUACGCAGUAUGUGAUGCAUGCGAGUACGAGUUUGAGCCAAACUCGUUCGAUUAUGUCUUUUCACGGGAUUGCAUUCAACAUAUUAAAGACACGGACAAACUCUUCUCCAGAAUUUACAUAGCUAAGAAAGUCGGCUUCAUCGACAUCGAAGUCGAGAACAUGACGCCGAGAUUCAAGGAAAUUCUAUUGGAAGAAAGAGAACGGCUUGAACAGAACAAGCAGACGUUCCUGGCGAAAUUCUCACAAAAUGCCUACGAUGGAUUGGUAAGUGGCUGGAACUCAAAACUGCAGUACAUCGCUGACGAUAAUCACAACUGGAACUUCUUCGCUGCUGUCAAGCCACAAUAA